CUUACGGUGUGGAAACUGACGCACCGCCUUGGGCUACCUACUGCCAUGAUGCGUUGAAGAUGCAUUUGGCUCUUGGUUGCGCAUUUUGACUUCACGUGCGGCCUCGAUUGAGGUUCGCGCCCGCCGCCGCUUUUCCACACCAGCAACGUUGAAGAUGGCCAAGAAACGGCGCCCGACCAGUUUCACAAAGCCGCAGUCGACCCCGCCACCGUCGCUCGCCAGCUCGAGGGCGCAAGCUGCAAACUCGGAGGACCAUCAUGUCAGAGGCGUGAACGAGCUCCUCGCCGAUUUGCGGAGGGUGAGGGUGAGCAGCAGCGCCGACGGCAGCUCCCAGCCAACCGCACACGCUGCCGCCGUGCACCCCGUGCCCAGUGUGCCGCCAACCCUCCGCCAGAUCCUCCAGUUGCCCGAGACCCCCGUGCCGAUCCAGCCCCGCUCGCGCCGCCCCAUGGUCGACGCCCGUGGCCGCCGUCUGCCGCCCGGCCCCGCGGCCCCGCGGAGCUGGCUGUCGCAGUCCAGGCACGCGCCACAUGUUCGCAGGGCUCAUGACCAGCUCGUCGGAGCCGUGGCGGGAGUUGACUUCGUGAUAAACGAACUUCCUGGCACCAAUGCCCCCGACCGUGGAAGCCUGAUGGAUAUCGCCAUGGCCGCCAUGGCCACUGAUUGGGAGUUCCAGCGGCAGUAUAAUAAGUAUUGGCUUUACUCGCUGCCCGACCACUUGCGCCAGUCCCUCAUCGGUUACAUUGGGUCAUGCAGCGCGGCCGGGGUGUCUAUCGCGGACCUCAAAGCCCUGUUCCUUCCUCCACCAGAUAUUGGAGAUGAGGAACUGGGCGGAACGAACGAUGGUGGCGGCGUUCCCAACGAAAACAUACGCUGCCUCGACCUCAUGGCCUGCCUGGGCAAGUCCAUAGAGCUCAAGGAGCUCUCGGGCUUUUUGUUCAAGGGCCAACCGCCCCCCGAGGCCCAGCACACGGGGCUACAGGAUUCCUGGGACACACCAGAGGCGCCACAGGAAUCGUUGCGCCUCCCUCUGCUGCCCAAUUUAACACGCGUGUCGCUAGCGGUGAGCCCGCAAAAUGCGCACAAAAUGUCAUGGAGACAGCUUCUCUCCUUCUCAAGACACGCGGGCGGUGCCAUCACACAUCUCAGUCUCGCGCAUUGGCCAGAGCCCACACUGACGCCCAACGCCAUUGGCACCACGGUGGACUCGCCGGCAGGCCCGGUACAAUAUGGCGGUACCGGCUUCUAUAGCCACUCGUUGGACGACGAUUGGUCUGAGGCGGUCGCGGUGCUGAAGCGGCUCUCCAAAAGCCUAUACGGGCUGGAGUAUUUAGACUUGACAGGCUGCGCCGCGUGGACCGAGGCACUCGCGCGAGCGUCGUCUGGACUCUCCAGCGCCGUCAUUGGGGGCGAUGGAGACGUUGACGAAACCGAGGUCGCCAUCCCUGUCGGCAGCGUCGGGGUUGACUGGGCGGGGGCUUGGGGAAAGGUCACGAUUCUGCUCCUCCACUGGGGCUACAAUACGCCCAGGCCAGAGCAGGUGGACGAGUCGGCCGGCUUUGUAGAAAAUUCUGCGCGCGCGGCCCGCAUCGAACGGCACAUAAUGGCGAUGCGGCGCGGCCGUGGGAGGUUUAUCGAGGUGGCCAAGGGCAGCCUAUCUGAGCAGUGCUAGUAUGAAUAGCAGGUGUCCUUCUUGAUGCCGUUUUGGAGACCUAGGACAACGUCGUGCCUCGACCGGGUUUGUGCACAGAUUUGUCGUAAGAUGUGGGGCCAGCAGAAGAGCAAGGUAGCAUGAGCAGCUAAACCAAUAUUUCUGGAAAACAAAAACCCAUUACUGCCUUCAAAUCCCAGAUCUUCAAGUCAAACGGAGGAAAAUGGUGGCAGGAAAAAAGCUUGGCGGCCCUGACGAGUUGUCGUGGUGGUCGUGAUGUGGCACUGGUGUGGG